GGGCAAUUUUCACUGACAGAUUAAUUUAGUGGCGUUACAAGCGCCGUUAGUCAGAGAUAAUUGGCGAUGAUAAGCACAGGCGACCAUUGAAAAUCGCGGACAUGGAUACACAGUUCAAUAGAUACACAUUCGUCGUGAUGCUCUCUCUUGACAAAAAGAGUCGCCGCGGGUGUACCUCAGGGAUAGAUUUGAUUUCUUAAUCAUCAAAACGUGUGCGUCUUCUGAAAUUGCAAGAUGACAAAAACAGACAUACCUAUGGAAGUGAAUGAUAUCAAAAAGCAUACAAAAGAUGUAUCUUCAAUAGACAUAAUGCUACAAGUACUGUGAGCAAUCAGUUUAAAUAAUGCCUUGUAAACAUACCUAAUUAUAAAAUUAACUUUUAUUUUUUAAGUCGAACGUAAUUAUAAUGAAAGGGUUUUAAUUGGAUCCAUAUUAGUUCCAUUGUUGUUACUAUACAGAAUUUCUAAUUGCCAGUUCAUAAUUAAUGUUAAUGGAGUUACACUUUUCGUACUUCAUGAGAAUAAAUCACUUCUAG